AUGGCCUCUUCAUCUUCCACCACUGCAAAGGGGAAAGAGACCGUAUCGGCCACUGCAAAGCAUACCGAUGCAGAGGGGUAUGAGAUGCCAUGGGUCGAGAAAUACAGACCCGUAUUGUUGGAUGAUAUAGUAGGAAAUACAGAGACAGUAGAGAGGUUGAAGGUCAUUGCUGAAGAUGGGAAUGUACCUCAUAUUAUCAUAUCUGGCAUGCCAGGUAUCGGUAAAACCACAUCUAUACAUUGUCUGGCACAUGCCCUUUUGGGCGAUGCGUAUAAGGAAGGUGUAUUGGAAUUGAACGCUUCUGAUGAGAGAGGUAUAGACGUAGUUCGAAAUAAGAUUAAAUCGUUCGCUCAGAGGAAAGUGACUUUACCUCCUGGUAGACAUAAGAUCAUCAUUCUAGAUGAAGCUGAUUCUAUGACAGCAGGAGCUCAACAAGCUCUUCGAAGAACUAUGGAAAUAUAUUCCAACACCACCCGAUUCGCAUUAGCUUGUAAUAUGUCGAAUAAGAUUAUAGAACCUAUCCAAUCGCGAUGUGCGAUAUUGAGGUAUUCGAAAUUGAGAGAUGCAGAGGUGUUGAAGAGGUUGAAAGAGAUUUGUCAAAUGGAAGAUGUAAAAUACAAUGAUCAAGGUCUUGCCGCUCUGAUCUUCACCGCUGAAGGAGACAUGCGUCAAGCGAUAAACAACCUUCAAUCGACCUAUUCAGGAUUCGGAUUCGUCUCUCAGGAUAAUGUAUUUAAGAUCUGUGAUCAACCUCAUCCGAUUGUAAUUAGACAAAUGAUCAAAGAUUGUCAGAAUGGUUUGGUGGAUGAUGCCCUAGCUAGAAUCAAUGAUCUAUGGGAUCAAGGUUAUUCGGCGGUAGAUAUUGUGGUUUCGGUUUUCAGGGUUACGAAGACGAUGGAUGAGUUGCAGGAGUAUAUGAAAUUGGAAUUUAUCAGGGAAAUCGGCUGGACUCACAUGAGGAUCUUGGAAGGAGUGGGAACACUCGUUCAGCUAGGUGCGAUGGUAGCUAGAUUAUGUAAAUUGAGUUUACCUCCUCAAGCGUUGAAGAUAUGA